AUGCUACUCUCCAACCUCCAAAACUCAGAUGCAGAGCCUACCUUUGCAAUGGAUGUUGAUGAUCCUUCUAUGGACCCAGACCUUGAAUGGGAGACUGUCCCAGAGACAUUGAAGGAUGAUGACACAUUCAUGCAUGCGGUUCGGGAUAUUGUUGGAAGCCAGUGGAGAGUGUAUAAAGAUGGGCGAACAUGGCACCAGCAUGUUACUUGCCUCCAAGAGAACUGGGCACCUAUCAUCAAGGAUUUGACUCUGGCCUACCUAGCUUGGAAGUACCCUUCAGAGUCUCCCCCCAACAAUGCAGUACCCCCACCACCACCACCAUCAUCACCUUCAAGUUAUGACUUUGACAUCGAAUGCAUCAACAUUUACACACUAUCUAAUACGACUCAUAUCCAGCACAAUGCCAGUGUCAAGACCACAUCUGAGGCUCUUGUUCUGAAUGGUUAUAUUGGAGCUACUCCACGGUCACCCUCCAUUGCUAUCUCACUUCACACGCUGGAACUGUACCGAAGAAUACACCUGCAAAAACCAUCGUUUAGUGCUGAGGCCUUCACAAAGGUUCUGUGCAAUCUUUAUAAUGUAUGCGCAUUUGAUAUCUACAACAUCAUCCUCCGUCAAGUCGAACAUCAAGUUUCUGAAGCCCUUGGCUGCAAUUCACCCAACUGGUGUGUCUUAAAUGCUUGUCCACCAUGCUCAUUCAAGCUCGAGGGUGAACCACCACUUCUCUAUCGGCAUAUGAUUGUUUUUGAUGGCAAUAACUCCUUAUCUCAAAUGGCGCCACUUGGUGGCCGCAAAGUUGGUGACAUGUGCACGUUUGAUUCAGACUUCUUCCUCUCCCGUGACUACUUAUCGUCUUCUCAAGCACCAUCCUCCCAAGCAUUGGCUUAUAAAGAUGCCCUGCAGCUUCAAGUUGGCGAGAACCUCGAAAAAUGGUGCACAGAAAAUUGGAAGGCUGCUGCUGAUGAAGCAAAGAAACAGACAUGGGGAAUAUUUGAAGAAACAGGGAUCUUUACAUGCGCAUGCUGUCAUGGUAUGAUCCUGUGGAUUGUUGAUAUGGUCUGCAGCAGGUUUAAGUAUCCGCUCUCCAUCAUGAAUAAGGCGCUUGAAGUACUCAGCCCCCAGCUAUUGAUUGGAUACGAUGUCGGAUGCAAGCUCGCUACCACCGUCAAGUCGACCACCCUUGCUACCAAGUUCAACGAAUCUAACAGCUGCUUGUGCGUUGAUGCAUUCCACGGGUAUACACAUAACUAUGCAUGCCAGGAUAGAAACCAUCCAAAUGUCAUUCAAGGAAUGGGACUGGAGGACUUUUCUACAAUGGAGAGGAUAUUCAGCUCAUCUAACCAACUCGCCCCUGUUAUUUGUUAUGCAAGUGCAUAUAACCGUCAUUUUUUUAUUGACAUGUUUUUCAAACAGUGGGAUGAGGACAAGUACAUGAAUAUCGGCAACAUGCUGUACAACAACUAUCGUCAAGCCCAUGGCAUCAUUGAACGUGAGACUAUUGAAUUUGAGCAUGCCAAAUUGUCCCUUGGCAUUACGGAUGCGAGCAUCGAGGAAUGGCAGAACCAGCAGUCAGUAUACCUUGAAACCCUUGGCAAAGAAGCUGAGUGUGACGUGCAUGUGAUGAUGUACGUGAAGUGUGCCUCAGCAUCAUUCCUCGAUGCCAUUCCUACUGACUAUCAAUUUGUCUCAACUUCGACUGUGACAUCAAUGGAUGCCGUAUAUGCAAACAAUCUGUCCCGAACACACAAGCUGGAAACCCAGCGAUGGCAUGCGAAUGAGCGCCUGGAUCGCAUACUACAAGAGAUUGUUGCUAUGGAGACAGGGUAUCGCAUGCGCACUCAUAUUGCUAAAGCCCUCCAAACUUGCUGCAAGGCAAUUCAAAGCAAGGUUAAGGAGUACAAUGCAGCAGCAUCUGCGCUUGUGCCACCUGCUCCGAGUCUCGACUGGUCAUGUGUCUCUCAUUAUGGAUUUCUUGAUGAGUUCACACUUCUCCGAGACAAGACGGUCGGCAUGAAGAAGAACUCAUCUGUUUUGAAUCAUUCACUAACACACGCAGACGUCUUGGCUGAUCAGCAGAAACUUGAUGGUGAUGAGACAGACGAAGCAGAAUCUGACUAUGGAUGGGGAUGA